AUGUUCUCCAGAGCACAACCCCUAACUAGGGCAAUUGCCAGGGGCUUCUGUACUUCUGCCAAGGUAACUAAUAUUUCCUAG